GAACAAGACAAGACCUACAUAUAUGCCACUGUCAAUUGUCAUUUGAAGACAUGAAUUUAAGCUGCUUUAUUCUAAAGGGAAUAAUUCUUGAUAACGAGAAUGGAACUUGAAAAGGAAUUAUUCACAACGGAAAUUUUCCACUACGAUCAGAUUGGCCUCUGGACCAAGAGGCAAGUUAAUGAUAAAUUCCAUGGACCCGAUUCGACUCUCUUUGAGGCUGUAUCGCCCAUCUUUUACAUAAUCAGAGUUCUUGGAUUGGCGCCCUAUCGAUUUUAUAAAAAUCGCCUCGUAUCAUCCAAUUCACACUUAUUCUACACGUUCGCUGCAAUUUUAAUUAAUUCUUACGUCACUAUCACGACUUUUCAUCGAUUUCUGAAUGAGGAGGAUAAGAAAUUUGUCCUAUCCACAACUGAACGAGCAAAGGAAAGUUCAAUUUUAAUAAAUAAAAAAAUAAAAUUUUACGGUUGGAUUUUAUUAGUUGGAAGUUUUUUGAUAUGGUUGUAUAUUAAUCAAACGGGUAUGUACGCAUUUAUGGAGUCUGCAGUGCAAAAUAUCAGUUAUAUGUUUGCCUACAUUGGAAGUUCAUUUUCGGUUUUUAAAUUUUCUGGAAUUACCUCAAUCAUUGGACAAAGAUUUAAGCAUUUAAAUAAAAUUACCUGCGAUUCAAGUCCCAGUAGAGAUCAUUUUUUGGUAUCGCCGGAUGUCGAUCAAAAGGUAGUGCAAAAAUUAAGAAGAGAUUUAAUGAAGGCGAGCGAAAAAUUAAAUUCACUCUAUUAUUGGUCAUUAUUACUGUGGCUUUUUAAUUUGAGUUUUCAUACAGUGAGUGGAAUGUAUUUUUUCAUUCAGUAUUUGAAAAAGGACGAUGAAACAAUUGACUUUCCGAUUUAUUGUUGUUUGGGCGGUUGGGUAAUUGCUUUUGUUAUACAACUUACACUUUUGAAUUACGCCUGUCAUUUUGCAUGUUCAGAGGCUAAUCGUAUGGGAUAUAUUUUACUAAACUGGCGACGAUGGCAGUAUUAUCAUAAUCCAAAAAUGGAUUUCGAAUCAACGAUACAUCUCAUGAAUUACAAAUUGAACUUCUCAGCAGGCGGUUGUUGCUACGUGAAUUUGCCACUGCUACGAAAAAUAUCUGGUUUACUAACAACGUAUCUGAUAAUUUUGCUUCAACUUCCUAAUUAA